AACUCCAGCGUGUGUGAAAAAGACGGAGCACGGAGGAGAGCGGGGAUAGACUGGUGCUGCUGCUCACGACCUUCACAUACUCUUCCUCUCUCUCUCUCCCCUCAUCUUACUCUAAACGUUAAAUCCUUCUGUAUAAAUGAAUGGGGACAUGCUGGCAGAGGAGGAGUGACCGAUGAGAACCACAGUGGAGGGUGAAGACUCGGGGAGAUUUGGACGUUUCCACAGCGACUAUAAUGGGCUGCAAUCUGUGCACUUUACAGAAGCGCGAGGAACACUACAAGCUGCUGUAUGAGAUCGCACAGGUGAAUGGGAAGGAGCUGUCCAAGUGCAGCCAUGACGAGGCGGUGGCGUCCUUCUGCAGCGCUCGGGAGCCUGUUGUGGUGCAGGUCAUCCGCAGGACGGCGAGCGGCCGCCCUCACGGCUCACCUCAGGAGAUCCAUGUGGUGGACGUGUGCACACAGACCGACAUCACCUUUGAACACAUCAUGGCUCUGGCCAAGCUCCGCCCCACCACGCCCCCAGUGCCUGACGUCUGCCCUUUCCUGCUCUCAGACAGCUGCCACUCUCUGCACACGAUGGACCAGGAGUACUACGACGGGACGGCCUACCUCUCCCCGGGAGCAGCAGACGCAGAGAGACCAGAGGAUUUUGAGUAUGAGGAGGUGGAGCUGUGUCGACUCACCAGCCAGGAGAAGUUGGGGCUGACGUUGUGCUACAGGACAGACGAGGAGGAAGAUGUGGCUAUAUAUGUCAGCGAGAUCAGUCCAAACAGCAUUGCAGCCAGAGACGGGCGCAUCCGAGAGGGGGACCGCAUCUUACAGAUUAAUGGCCAGGAUGUCCAGGACAGAGAGGAGGCAAUGGCGGCUCUCUCUAAUGAAGAAUGCAGGAGAAUCGUGCUGCUAGUUGCACGACCAGAGUUGCAGUUGGAGGAGGCCUGGCUGGAUGAUGAACACAGCGAGUUCCUGGAGCAGCUGAAGAUGGAGAUGCUGGAGGAGCAGCAGAGAGAGGAGAUGGAGAUGGCUGCCUUAGAGGAGGACCAAGAACAGAGAGCUGAAGAUGAGCGGCCAUCUUGCUCGUCCUUGUCUCACCACACACACCAUGUGCCGAACAGGAGAGAACGUCGAGGCAGUGCAGAGAAUGUCCUGGCUCAGAUCCAGAGGCGUCUGUCCCAGUGCCUCCGGGACAGGGACACACACCGACCCCCCGGCUCCACGCGACUGGAUGACAAAGACGAGGAUGAAGAUGGAGACCGAUUCCAGCAGCUCCUGGAGCUCAAGUGUCAGAUCCGGAACAGUGGAGAGUACGACCUCUUUUACAGCCACCGCAGCACCAUUGAGUGCAGCGUGGCCGAGCAGGGCAGUGUGCAACACGAGCUGCGCAUGCUCAACGAGGAAUUGCGCAGCAUCGAAGUUGAGUGUCAGAACAUCAUGCAGGCUCAUAAGCUCCGCAAAGGCCAGGAGUCCCCCUCCAGCGGCCUGUGCAGCAAAAACCAAAGUCCAAAGCAAGGGAAUCAAACCAGGAGCAAGCUGACAGAUAUAAAUGAACGGCUUGAGAAAUCGGACAAGGACAGCUCCAGUGCCUACAACACAGCUGAGAGCUCCCGCAGCACACCUCUACAGAUGGAGCGCUCUCCUGAACACUCUCUACAGAGAAUCAGCUUGACCAACCAGAGAAACCUCUGCAGUGGGCUAGCCAGGAGCCAGCCAAGCCCUAUUCCUGCCCUUAGAGCCCCUGUCCUAGGGAAGGGCAGUAGUCCUGACCACAGUAACCCCUCUGAGUCUGACCAUGCCCCUCAGGCUGAAGAGGACAAGCAAAGUUCAAAGGUCACAGCCUCUGUCUCUCAGAUUCCUUAUUUCUCUCCGUCCCACAGUUCCCAGCAGCGCCAAGCCACCAUCCCAGCCCAUGCACGCCACUACCAGAGCUACAUGCAGCUAAUCCAGCAGCGCUCAGCUGUGGAGUACGCACAGAGCCAGCUCAGUCUGCUCAGCCUCUGUAAGGAGCCCCAGAGACCCGAGCCCAAGAUGGAGUGGAAGGUGAAGAUCCGCAGUGACGGCACUCGUUACAUCACCAAGAGACCAGUGAGGGACAAGAUCCUGAGAGAACGUGCCCUGAAGAUCAAAGAGGAACGUAGCGGAGGCAUGACCACUGACGAUGACGCCAUGAGCGAGAUGAAGAUGGGCCGCUACUGGAGUAAAGAGGAGAGAAAACAGCACCUGGUCCGAGCCAAGGAGCAGAAAAAGAGGCGUGAGUUCAUGCAGCGCAGUCGCCUGGAGAGUCUGAAGGAGAACCCUCAGAGCAGCAGUGAGGCCCGCAAAGAGGUCAGCAUCAUCGAGCUGAGUCAGAAGAAAAUGAUGAAGAAACGUAACAAGAAGAUCCUGGACAAUUGGAUGACCAUCCAGGAACUGAUGACUCAUGGCACCAAGGCACCAGAGGGCGCUAAAGUGAACAAUGCCUUUCUCUCAGUGACUACUGUAUAACUACUGUACAGGAUACCCAUGUGGUACGGAAUUCUUGCCUCGUUCAAUGUGGCUUUUUAGGAGGACAGAAAUAUUUUUCACACUUUGUAACUCAAAAAGCAUUUUAUAAAGGAUUUAUCAGUGAUCUAAUAGUUUGUUUCUGAGGAGGUUUUUCAUAUCAAUUCACAAUCACAAUUUUCUAUAAAACAAUACUGUUAUUUUUCUUACUUGUGUAUUUACAUGCUUCAGUUCAGUCAUGUUUGUGUUGUUACAUAACUACAGACACUUUUAUACAUAGCCAUCUGAUGAUCACUCUUGACCUUAAUAACUGAAGAUCUUAAUGUUUAUGUUUGUUCAGCCUCAGGUCUUUUCACUUUGUCAUCAUUUUUGUUUCAAAGGCCUGUGGCCUCAAUGCUGGAAAGUCAUUUCUAAUACAGUUCUGGUUUUGAAUUAUUCUGGAAUACAAAAAAAAAAUCAGUGAUGUAUUUUAGUACGCAUUCUCCGAAAACCUUUGAUUGUUGAAUUUUUAUGCUGCGAUUUCUUAAACCAACAGUCCCUGGUCAGUGGGGGGUGUAUACAACAAAGAAAGUCAAAUUAGUUAAAUCAUUUUAUUUGUCUCAGAAAAGUAAUGUCAUCUUUUAUUUUUAUAUUUUCUAUGUAGUUUUUCUACAUACCUUUACAUUUGGACAUUACAUUUCCAGUUCAGCCUUAUUGAUAAUGAGCGCAGUAGCAAUCUCAGUGCUUUAUCCACUACACAUACCUUUGUAUAAUUCCCCAUUAUAUACAGUACAACAUACAGUGUUGGCUGACACUGUACACUCAUGCCUCUUGUGUUCAAUGAGCAGGACUCAGAACACAUACUUUUAUCACCAAACAUUUAGAUUGGGUUUUGGUUUGCAUACAUUGCAUUCUGUUUUAUGUAAAGUGAAUUUAAAUCAUGUAAAUUUGGACAUUUGAACCUAACCCUGUGUUAAUUGAGUCAAUGUGAAAUUUAAAGUAAUGUGUAGCAAGGUAAAAUGUGUGAC